CGCGGCGACGGCGGCGGCGGCAUCCUCGGUGCGGGCUGCCCGGGCCGGUGCUGCGGGCUCCCGCCAUGGAGGAGCCGCCGAGCCCCCCGCGGCUGGAGCGGGACGCGCUGGAGCCGCCCGAGGGCUGCCCGUCGCCGCUGGAGCUCAAGUCCGGGCCCAGCAAGAAGAUGUGGGUCAAGCUGCGAGCGCUGCUGAGGUACAUGGUGAAACAGCUGGAGAAUGGCGAAGUCAACAUCGAGGAGCUCAAGAAGAACCUGGAGUACACGGCUUCGCUGCUGGAGGCCGUCUACAUCGAUGAGACCAGGCAAAUCCUAGACACGGAGGAUGAGCUGCAGGAGAUUAAGUCCGAUGCGGUGCCCUCGGAGGUGCGGGACUGGCUGGCCUCCACCUUCACGCAGCAGACCCGCGCCAUGGGCCGGCGCUCCGAGGAGAAGCCCAAGUUCCGCAGCAUCGUGCACGCCGUGCAGGCUGGCAUCUUCGUGGAGCGGAUGUUCCGCCGGACGUACACGGCUGUGGGACCCACCUACUCCACCUCCGUCUUCAACUGUCUGAAGACCCUUGACCUGUGGUGCUUUGACGUGUUUGCGCUGAACCGGGUGACGGACGACCAUGCCCUGCGCACCAUCGUCUUUGAGCUCUUCACUCGACACAACCUCAAUAGCCGCUUCAAGAUCCCCACGGUGUUUUUAAUGAGCCUGCUGGACGCGCUGGAGGCUGGCUAUGGCAAGUACAAGAACCCCUACCACAACCAGAUCCACGCGGCCGACGUCACCCAGACCGUGCACUGCUUCCUGCUGCGCUCCAGCAUGGUGCACUACCUGACGGAGAUUGAGGUCCUGGCCAUCAUCUUCGCUGCUGCCAUCCAUGAUUACGAGCAUACAGGCACCACCAACAGCUUCCACAUCCAAACCAAGUCCGACUGCGCCAUCCUGUACAACGACCGCUCGGUGCUGGAGAACCAUCACAUCAGCGCCGUCUUCCGCAUGAUGCAGGAUGACGAGAUGAACAUCUUCAUCAACCUCACCAAAGAUGAGUUUGUGGAGCUGCGGGCACUGGUGAUCGAAAUGGUCCUGGCCACCGACAUGUCGUGUCACUUCCAGCAGGUGAAGUCCAUGAAAACCUCCCUGCAGCAACUGGAGAGGAUCGACAAGUCAAAGGUGCUGUCCCUGAUGCUCCACGCGGCAGACAUCAGCCACCCCACCAAGCAGUGGACGGUGCACAGCCGCUGGACCAAGGCGCUGAUGGAGGAGUUCUUCAGACAGGGGGACAAGGAAGCCCAGCUGGGGCUGCCCUUCUCUCCGCUCUGUGACCGCACGUCCACGCUAGUGGCUCAGUCCCAGAUUGGGUUCAUCGACUUCAUUGUGGAGCCCACCUUCUCGGUGCUGACGGACGUGGCAGAGAAGACCGUCAUCCCGCUGGUGGAGGAAGGCUCCAAGGCCAAAUCCAACCCCUCCAGCCAGCAGGCGAGCUCCCAGUGGCGGCAGCCGUCGGUGGACGAGCACACGGAGCUGGGUGACAUCAGUGCCAACAUUGCCAGCUUCCGGGCCACCUGGUCCAAGUACAUCCAGGAGAACAAGCAGAAGUGGAAGGAGCGGGCGGCCAGCGGGAUCACUAACCAGACGUCCAUCGAGGAGCUGUCACCCUGCGAGGAGGAGCUACCCACGCCUGAGAGCCGGCACAACCACAACGGCAAUGUGGAAUAGCGGGGGCUGCCCGGUCCCCUUCCGCCGGAGUGACGCCACGUAGUCCAAAGUCUUCGACGCCAUCGAAAUCAGCACCAUCCCCGGGCAGGAGCCGCCGGGCAGCAGGGGCGCGAGGACAGCGGGCGCCGCUCGGGCAUCCGCAGGGACGCAGAAACACCCAGCAGGAACCAGCCUACAGCUGGAGCUGCCCAACUGGCCGAGGCCCUGGAGCCGCGGCCCACCCGCCUGCCCCACUCUUUCCUCGGGCACAACAGGCUUUUCACUGCCAAGCCAGCGCGGGCCGGGGCCAGCUCGGGCUUGGAGGCUUGUUCUCUUCAGUCCGUGGGCGACCCCUCGGGCUGUGGCAGGGGGCGGGGGGAGGAACGGUUCCAGCUGUGCACAGACCCCUGGAGCCAGGACGGUGCCCGGGGCCCCCAUGCCCUGCCACUCCCUCGGUCGGGGUCAUGCCCUCCUGUCCCGCACGGUUCCCGAGUUAAUCGCAUCGGUGUCACAUGGAUGCUGCCGCUGCCCCCACCCUCCAAAUUUCCCCCUGACCCCAGUUGCAAUCAGACACCAGUGUCAGGGCUCAGCCCCGCAAGCUCACUGCCCCCCUGGCACUGGGUGGGCACAGGUCGGGGGCUUGAUCCUCCGUUUGUAACCCCCGUCCAGGGCCGGAUUCUGCUCUCCUCCCCCAGUUCUCCCCUGUGUGUCCAUGGGGGCAUCCACCUGGAUGUGAGCGUGGCAGCGCAGGACGUGGGUCUGGGCUUGGCUCUGCUUGUGGAAGUUGCAUGCAGCCCCCGUUACAUGUGUGCGUGGAGUGUGUUGGUCUGUGUGGCCUGGCAUGGAGGCAGGAGCCGAGUUGGGUUCAUUCCCUUUGGGGGGUGUGUGUGUGUGUUGGGGGUGUCACCCUAUUGACAAGGCAUCCCACAUGUCCCUUGGCACGGGCGCCUGGCCUGGUCCUGCAUGGAGCCAAGACAAGAACUUAGCUUAGUGUCUCCCCCUCCUGGUGCUUCUCCCUGCAAAGAACCCAGGAGUCCUGCAAGCCAGGGGCAUGGGAGCAGGACCCUGGGGACAUGACUUUGGGCCAGAAGAGACUCCCAGUAGAGGGGGGAGUAAGGUCUGGGGGGCACUAGCAGAGCUGGGAGGGGGGCAUGGCACUACUAGGGGCGAAGACAGCAGCAGAGUAGGGGCAGGAGAGUGGGGCGGGUGGUGCGGGGCACCAUUAAGGCCAUGGGGGGCAGGGGCUGGAGGUGUCAGCUGCCCCUGGAGCUGGCCCUCCCUGCCCAGCCUUGGGGCACUGUGCCCCUAGUACCCCUCCCCUGGGCACUUCCUGUCCCUGGCACAACCUCAAGCAAUACCAAGCCAGCUGGGGGCCAGCACUCCUGGGUCCUUUAGAAAGACCAAGAGGGGGAAAAGGGGCACAUCCUGGGUUUUUCCCACAGCGCAGGAAGGAGAGUGGGGCCUCGCAGGGCCGGGAGCGAGGGCGCCUGGGUUUGUUUCAGACACGGGACAUCACAUGGGUGGCGUUCAAGACAGAGCUGCACUGGCCCUAGCCCUUGGGAUUUGGGAGCCGUGGGCCCAUGGGGCCCCCAGUUCACUGCAGCCUGUUCCUUUCCCCUGGGGUCACCGUCCUGUGCAUGAUACUGCACAUGGCUCCUGGCUCAGGGAGACACUUUUUGGGGCCCAGGAUGUUUCCUGCCUCUCUCAGCUGGGCCCGUCUCUGCCACGGAUCCUGUUGAGCACCAAGGCCACGUGUCCCAUCCUAGGACCCAUCUGCCAGCACCUUGGGGGCCCUAGCCUGGCCUCCUUGGGCUGUGGAAAGCAGGCACGAGAUGUCUGUGUGGGCCCCUGGCCUAAGCCUCCAUGGGAGUGGGCAGGGCUCAGCGCUAGGGGAAAGCAGAAUUGGGCCUGGCCUGCCCUGGCGCUCCCAUGGCCCCUGCCCUGCCACUCUCCUGGUACUGUAUAUAGUGUCACCGCCACCAUGGCUCACCCCACGCGCCCCAUCCUUGGCCCUCCUCUCCCGCCGUGCCGUGCCGUCGUGUGUCCCAGCAGCUCCGCAUCCCGAUGCCGCAGACGCCAGCCCACGCGCAUGUACCGGCCACGCGCACCGCGAAUUAAAGGAACCACAUGAGCAA